UUCGAAAAACAACUGCCGCGAUAUACCUGUCUUCUAGCCAAAGCCAGCUUGCUUUUAAACUACCUACCUGUUGAAUAUCGCAGCGAGUUGGCCGAAGACACGAAAGUACGGUGCAACGCCGACCGAGUCCGGUGGAUGGAAUAAAAACAACUGCCAAAUAAACAAUUUUUUCACGGGGAAUACGGAGAUUUCUGUCGAUUUCGAGUAGAUUUCCGGAGGAGUCCUGCGGAAAUUGUAUUUUUAAGCGGUUUCGCGUCCGAUUUGGUGAAGUGAGUGGUUUGUGGGUUUCUGUGCCCUUUGAGGAUACCUUCAGCCGAUUUUGACAAAGCACCUCUGAUACCAACUCGAAAGAACAACGAUCCAAUCGUUCAAGAAAAUGCCAUAAGUGGGUGGCUGGCCUUUAAAUUUUGAAUCUAUUUAGUGCCAUAAAGAGGAAAGACGUACUUUUACGGAUAAAAUGUGAUAAAAAUGGCUUUGAAGCUACGAAAAGACAUAAAGAAGUCCAGCUACUACGUGUGGUUCCUGGGCGCCAAAGAAUCCAAGGGUCUGAGGGGGUCGGAGUACAUACUACCGGUGAUAAAACACUUGGAAGAAAGAGAAAAAGACGUGGAACCCUUCAAAGUGACGCUCCAAGUGUCUCAUAAGGGCUUGAAAAUCAUCCAGAACAUCGUAUCGCAAGGCCAGAAGAAUUCCAAGCCUAAGAACGAAACUAUAAAGCAUUUCAUCCCGCACAACACCAUCACUUGUGUCUACCAGCACGAUGACAUAAUAGCCUGUAUCUUGUUGUUGUUUAACCCCGUGACGAAAUGUCCCCUGCACGUGCACGCGUACAGGUGCGACAGUCUGGAGACUGCCACGUUGCUGAAGAACCAGCUGCAGACGCUCAUCGAAAGGCCUGAGAAUCAGAAAAAGUUCGCCGAGAUAGAGAACAGGCUGAAGCCUCAGAAGGAGGUGAAGAAGGUGGAGAGUAGUAUCGGCAGCGACACAGGGACGUCUACAAGGGAGAGUGAGAGCAGUGAGGAAAGGUUCGCGGUGGAAAGCACACGAGUGACGACGCUGUACGACUCAGUGGCGGCAGAACUCAGGGAGAAAUUGGGGAAAAAGAACUCUCCCAUCCUGCUGCCCCCAAGGGAUUACGACACUGUACAUAGGACGAAGGGCAACCUCACCGGGAUCGAACUGAGGAGGUGCCUCAACGCCAACAUUGUAGGUCAAAACGUCAAGGGGAGGAGGUUGGAGAGUAGUGGGGGUAGUUCCGGGAUUGGGUCUGACCACCCGCCCAGUCCGGAUUCACCGGAAACGCCGGAUUCUAGGUUCAAUACUUUGGAUAACCAGAGCACAAGUGAUGAGGACUGGAAUGGCGACCCAGCCGAAUCCACGCUGUACCUCAUGCACCAGCCAACUCAGAUGACCCUACCUCGUCCCCAUAGAGACAAGUCACCAGAGCAGGUGCAGAGAUUCUCCAGGUACGCAGAGCCCCAGCCCAAGUACGAGGACGAUUACAGGCAGACUAAAUCCAAGAGGGACGAAACCAACAAGUAUUUGGAGAAACCGAUUGCGAAAUACUCUGAAAACAAAUACUUAGACCGCCAAAAGAGUUUGGAGAGGGAGAAGCAGUCCGUUAAAGACAAGAAUUUCGAAAGACAGAAAAGUUUCGAUCAUUUGGAAAGGGACAGAUUCUCUAAGACGUUAGAGAGGAGCGAUAGAUAUCACGAUUCGGAAUCUGAGAAAUAUUAUUAUCAGGAAAGUAGGGACAAAUACGACAGAUAUGAGAAGUAUCCUGAUAAUAACUCUAGAAAAUAUGAAAAGGAUGAGUUUACGUUUAGGAGAGGAGAGAAGGAGAAACCUGUAAAAUACUUUGAGGACGACGGAUUUGACGAAAAUAUAAGAUAUCGAAGUAAGUCUACUGAAUUCGACAGAGAAAGAUCGCAUCGUUUCGACUACGAAGAUGACUACUUUGAAGAAAAGCAAAGACAGCACAAAGAGUACCCCGUCCCAAAAACUAGGCAAAAAUAUGCAGGAGAAGACGACAGCAAAUAUUACAAGGAAAACAGUACAAAGUCCCGAUGCAUUCCCGAUGACCCUCGCUACUACACUGAACCGGAAGUUAAGCCUAGAUCAAUUUCUAAGUCUUCCCAAGGUGACAAAUACGAGAAAACAUUCAGUAGGGGCGAUAGAGAUCGCGAUAGGUCGGAACGAGACUCCAAAUCUGUUAGAUCGCAGGAGUAUUAUGAAGAAAGUACUAUUAAUAGAAAGAACGCCCAGUUUCGACAACGAUCGCCUUCGCCUGAAGACGACGUUAAGGCGCCGAGAGACAGAUUUAAGGACGCGAAGGAAAAAUUCUUGCUUAUGGAGAGGGAGAGGUUGGAGAAUGAGAGAAGGAGACCGGAACCACCCAUUUCCCCAGUGCGGUUGAAGGAGAAGAUCCAGUCCUAUUCCAAGAGGCAAGAUGGGGGUUAUCCAAAGGAGAAUUCGAGAUCGAAUUUCGACGAUCGGUAUUAUGAGGAGCAUCGAAGGAUUGAGGAACCAAGACCCACGCCAGCUCCGAGACACAUCCCUGAAGAGAUCAGGUACAGAGAAAGGGACCAGCGUUCUCACGAACGCGACGUGGACAGAUACCGCCACACAGACAAGUUCGACCCCAAGAGAAGGUCCAUGUUCUCCUUAAUAGAAGAAGAGCACAGGAAAAACUCGAACGAGAUCGCCAAGGAGCUGAAGAGACGGUCGUACCUGGAGGGGAACCACUUCGACGACGACGUGGACAGAUACGAUAGGGAUAGGGACAUGAGGGAUCGGCACUUCCAAGAGCUGCCCGAGUCCGACAGAUUCCUGGACAACUUUUCCAAAUCUAGCAUCGAUCUGGAUAAAGUAGGAGAGAUGAAAUACGACCAGAAGUUCGUGAAGAACCAGAAGUUGGUGAAAAAUUCGGCGGGAUACAGGCAUAGCUACGCCGAACCCAAAUUGAGGAUGGAGAAGAACGGGAAGAAACAUUUCUCGGAGAUGCUGCACAGGACGAACAGUUCCGUUAGUAACAAUGGGAGGGUUGGCAUUGCCAGCGUUCACCCGUAUUAAUCAUGGAGAAAAAGGAUUUAGUAAAGAUAUUUUAAAGAGGUAUUCAAAAUUGCUUCUAUAACAGUCCUUUCGUAUACUGCCACCUAUUUUGCUGUAGUAUAUGCAAGAUAUAUUACAAUUAAAAUGAAACAAUAUAUUUAAAAAAAUGUGCUGCCAGAUACACAAUAAAUAGAUGGUAAUAUUUUUACCUGUUCUGGGGUACUAUAUAUUGCUCAUUCAUAUUUAUAUAAUAUUUUUAUUAAUAUUGCUUUAAGUAAUAAGAAAGGAAUUUAUAU